CGCGCCGCCCCUCGGCCGCACCUCCCGCCCGCGGCCCUGCCGCCAUUUCGUGCGCGUGUAAGGGUUGCGGGGCCCCGGUCGCGGCGCCCCCGCCCGUCCCUGGAGAUGGCGCGGCAGGGGCUUAGCCGGGCGCUGGUCUCCGCCGCCUGGCUGUCAGAGGCGGUGCGGGCCGGGCGGGUGGGGUCCGGCCUGCGGGUGCUGGACGCCUCUUGGUACCCCCCGAAGGAGCGAAACGCCCGUCAGGAGUUCAAAGAGAGGCACAUCCCCGGGGCGUCAUUCUUCGACAUCGAGGAGUGCCGGGACAAGUCCUCCCCCUACGACUUCAUGCUGCCCAGCGAGUCCCACUUCGCCGACUACGUGGGGCAGCUGGGUGUCAGCAAUGACACCCACGUGGUGGUGUACGACGGGGACGAGGUGGGCACUUUCUACGCCCCCCGCGCCUGGUGGAUGUUCCGGGCCUUUGGGCACAAGGAGGUCUCUGUACUAAACGGUGGCUUCAAGAACUGGGUGAAGGAGGGGCACCCCGUCACGGCAGAGGUCAGCCAGCCCACCCCUGCUGUCUUCAAGGCCAGGCUAAAUAGGGCCCUGGUGAAGACUUUUGAGGAGAUGGUACAGAACGUGUCGUCCAUAAAGUUCCAGGUGGUGGAUUCCCGCCCUGAGGGCCGGUUCCGGGGGACCGAGCUGGACCAAGGGCUGGAAUCCGGCCACAUCCCUGGUGCUGUGAACAUACCCUUCCACUCAUUCCUAUCCGAAACCGGACAUGAGAAGAGUAUUGAGGAGAUCCAAGAAAUAUUCCGUGCAAAGAAAGUGGAUCUCUCAAAGCCACUGACGGCCACAUGCCGCAAAGGUGUCACGGCGUGUCAGAUUGCCUUGGCAGCCUUCCUGUGUGGCAAGCAGGAUGUGGCUGUUUAUGAUGGUUCCUGGUCAGAGUGGUUCCACCGUGCCCCACCACACUACAAGGUCUCUGAGGUGAAGCGCAACAAGGCCUAGAGGGAGAGCUUUGUCUUGGGCAGUAAGAUCUAGCAGCUUUUUCCAGUCCAGAGUAAAGCGAAAGGGAGGAGAUAGAAGUAAGGAAAAAAUAUGCUGAUUUGUAUUUUGCAAAUUUUUCAAAGAAUGAUCAGUAGAUUUCUAUUAAUCUUCUGGGUUUUCUCAAUUAAUAAAAUCUAAGAUGAUGUAUCUGUGAAUAUGUUGAACUCUUCUCUGUUACCUGUAACAUGCUUGUGUUGAGUGGGAAAAGCACCUUUGCAACAUGAAGGAGAGUUACACAAAUCCCUAGAGACUUGCAGAAAUUCCAGUGGCCUGAUGAGAGUUCGAGUCAGGAGCAGGAUGAAUGAAAAGUCAGGGGCUAAAAUAUUGGACUGGAUGCGGGACACGGGAGGGUCAAGCAAUGGUUCUGUCAUUAACUCAAUGUAAGACUUUUUGCCAGCCCAAUCUCUUCCCAUUUGUAAUGUGGAAAAUGGGGGUGCCUUCCAUAUGCCAACUAGAUCCAACCCAUCAGGACGUGUGUUACCUUGCUGGCGUUCAGGUAAGGCACAUCACAGAGGAACUUCCCAGCCCGCUGAUUAUUACUUCUACUGGUUUUCCAGACAGGCAGCAAUGAGGUCCCAACAAGAAGGCUGCAAACAAUCAAGAGGGACCUCAGUGUCUUGGCUCAACAGAUCAAGGGAUCUGGAGCACAAGUUAUGUUCUCUUCCAUCCUGCCAGUUGCAGGGAAUGAUGGGGCAAGAAACAGGGAGAUCAUGUAGAGGAAUACCUGGCUUUGGGACUGGUGUUACCAGCAGAGUUUUUGUUUUUUUGAUCGUGGGUCAGUUUAUACAACAUGGAGCCUGCUGACAACAAAUGGGGUCAUCCUGUCUCAAAGGGGGAAAAGGAUCUUAGCUCAGGAGUUAGAAGGGCUUAUUGAGAGAGCUUUAAGCUAGAUUGGAAGGGGGAAAGGGACAAAACCAGGCUUGCCAGUGAUAAGCAAUGGGGUGGCAUGCCAAAACUUGAGGAAGUAAGAUCCCUCGGUCUGCUCCAUGAGAUGUCACUACGAUGAACCACACUCAAAAUGUUUCUACCAAUGCAUACAGCAUGAGGAACAAACAAGCAGCUUGAACCUUUGGCCCAGUCCCAGAGAUACGACAUCAUUGGCAUGAAUGAAACUUAGAGGAUGAGUCCUGUGACUGAAUGUUGGAUGUUUACAGGCUCUUCAGGAGGGAUAGGCAGGGCAGGCAAGGUUGAAUAUGAGUCAGCAGUGCCCUGGCAGCCAGGAGGGCCAACCCUGUCCUGGGGGGGCAUCAGGCAAAGCAUCACCAGCCGGUCAAGGGAGGGGAUUGUUCUGCUCUGCUCUGCACUGGGGAGGCCUCACCUUGAAUAUUGUGUGCAGUUUUGGGCACCACAACAAUGUUAGGGAGCAUCCAAAGGAGGGCAACAAAGAUGGUGAAGGGUCUAGAGGGGAAGCCAUAUGAAAAGUGGCUAAGAUCACUUGGCUUUGUUCAGCCUGGAGUCUACAACUUUCUCUUGAGGGGAAGCGGAAGGGCAGGCACUGAUCUCUUCUCUCUGGUGACCAGUGACAGGACCUGAGGGAAUGGCAUGAAGCCAUGUCAGGGGAGGUUUCAGUUAGAAAUUAGGAAAAGGUUCUUCGCCCAGAGGGUGAUCCAUCACUGGAACAGGCUCCCCAGGGAACUAGUUAUGGCACCAAGUCUGACAGAGUUCAAGAAGCAUUUGGGCAACAUUUUCAAGUACAUAGUAUGAUUCCGGGGGCUGCCCUAUACAGAGCCAGGAGUUGGACUUCAACAAUCCUAUUGAGUCCCUUCCAACUCAGGUUAUUCUACAAUUCUAUGAUUCUCCUUCCUCUCUGAUGAGGGUCAGGAGCUCAUGUGAAGCAUUUGGAGAUGCUAGAAGAUCCAAUUCUGCUGACAUACAGUCUUGUUGAUUAUCGUGACUGUGUUAGGAGAGUCUCCAAGAAAUCCUGUGUGUGAUGUGAACUUCUGGGUACAGGUAUUUCAUGAGACAUGGACCUUUUACUCUGCUCCUUGUUUGUUUUUUCAAUCUGCCAGGAUAAUCCUUUACGCCAUGUGAAUUCUCUUUCCCAUGGAGAUGGAGCUCAUAGCUCAUAGAAGGAGGGAAUGCUGUUCCCCAGCAACCAUCUCCACUCUUCAGCUUCCAUCCCACCUCUACACCUGGACUUCAGCAGGACCUGCCUGCUUGUACAAAUCACUGUGACAUCACCAGGGAUCAUGGACCAGAAUCAACAGUGAUAGAGAAAAGAAGCAGAUUGUGCCCUGUGAGUUAGGACUGGCUUCCUCUCUUCAUCUCUUGUGGCCCUGUUCUUUUUGUGGAAGAGGAUCUGUCCCUUAAUACCUUUGCAGAGCAUGCAGCACUGACUCCUGGAGUCUGACUGAUACAGUAACUUCAGCUUCAGGAUCCCAAUAUCGUAUAAGACAUGCUGCUGCAAAGAAGUGGCACAGUGUAAAACCCAAGCUGGUGGUGGUUCAAGUCAGCCCUGGUGAAGCACUAGGCUUCCUACCCCUCUGGCUGAUGUCUUCAUUCCAAUGACUGCCUCAAGAGCAGAAGCAACGUCAAGCUCAGUGCAAUGCAGAUUUAGACACAGGACAGAAAAGACUCACUGACUGUACUGAAGUGACAAAAAAGUCCUUGGACUGGACAUCUCUUUCAGAUUACGAGCAGCUGGGUUACAACCUGAGAUCAAAUCUCUUCCAAGGUGGCCCACUGAAGAGCCGAAGCUUGAUGAGAGAUUCCUACACCCCUGAUGUAAUUCAGAAGGCAGUCAGAGAUCCCAAAAAUUGGCAUGGAAGGAGGAUUUAUGAGCUAGGGAAAUGGUAUGAGAAGUAUUUCCUAGAUCUUAACGUGCAGAAAGCAAUGAAGGACAAAUACGGGGAUAAAAAAGGCAAGCCUUAGAAGAUGAAGGUUGAAGACUGGAGUGCAUUCAGCAAGUGAUCUUUUUCCUCAGUCAUCUAAUAAACCUCCAUGUAACACCUGAA